AUGUCCCCUUUCGAGACUCUCUACAGGUAUGCUUCUCCAAGACUACUGGAUUAUAUUCCAGGAACUUCUAACAAUGUGAUAGUGGAUCAAUUGCUACGAAACAGGACACAGAUUGUCAACAUUUUGAAAGGGAACCUCACGGCAGCACAAGCUAGAAUGAAAAAUUAUGCAGAUAAAAAUAGAAUAGAGCAACAAUUCAUGGUGAGAGAGUGGGUAUACCUCCGACUUCAACCGUACCAGCAGAAGUCUGUGGCUGCUCGCCGGAACAUGAAACUAGAACCACACUUCUAUAGUCCCUUCAGGGUGGCUCAGAGGCUCGGUUUGGUCGCCUACAGACUGGAGUUGCCGUCCACUUCACAAAUCCACCCCGUCUUCCAUGUGUCGUGCUUGAAGAAGAAGAUAGGGGAUCAAAUCCAACCAUUAGCCACCCUUCCACCCACCAAUGGUGACGACGAGGUGAUAUCGGAGCCGGAGGCUAUGCGAGAUUGGCAUAUGAGACAACAAGGAGGAAGAGUUGUGACCGAAGUGUUGAUUAAAUGGAUUGGGCUUUCGAAAGAGGAAAACAGUUGGGAAAAUUUGUGA